GCGCGUCCGUCUACUUGCAAGAGAACAAUCCAUGUGUUUGAUCGUGUACUGUCUGGUGCGUCUCAAAGGAACAGAGGAGAAAAUUCAGUUUGAAAUCCUUUUGAGUGACAGGAUCGGCGUCCUUUUUGUGAACCUUGGCUUUAAGUGAGGGAACAUUCCCCCUUCUAUCAAAGGAGCAUUAUCAUUAUUUGACGAGCCUUGUGCAAUCUCGCGUCUUUUCAAUUUUGUCUCUCGGUCAACACUUCCUUAGGCACGAGACACCAACAAUUCCAAGACGACUAUCGCCUCUCGCUCCCUGUGUGUGGUUGCUCUACCAGUAACAAAAUGUUUCGACUCCGCGAACCUGAGUAGACGAACGACAGUCUAGAGGGGAUCCGGUGUCACGGCUACGUCACAGCGCGGCAUGCUGGCCCCCACGGGUCCGGCGGGGCGGCGCCACUCAGUGGCAGACCAGGGAGCAGCUGGAGGAGGAGCAGCAGCAGCUGGCAGCAAUGUCGCGCAUCACAAUGGCGUCAGCCGCUCUGCCAUCAUCAUGACCUCGGCUCAGGGUCGCCGCGUUUCCAUGGCGCCCCCGGCGCCCAGCACAGUCAGCCGUCACGCUCUGUAUGAAAACACCUACAAGACCGAGCCGGAGCGGACAUUCUCUCCUGCGGCUGCCAAGCGCGUCCUGAGGGAGACGAUGGAGAGCAUGCUGGCAGACAAGAAGUACAACACGGAGGAGUGCACGCAGCUGUCCAAGACCCUCGCCGACGUCAUUAAGCAGCGCGUGAAGGAACUGGGUUACGCGCGCUACAAACUUGUAACGAUGGUCGCCAUUGGUCAGCGCAGGGACUCGGGCGUGGCCUUCUCCAGCAGGUGUGUGUGGAACGCGCAGUUCGAUUCCUUCGCGGAGCACACGUACAAGAACAAAUCUCUGUACGCCGUGGGCCUCGUCUACGCUGUGUACGCAGAGUGAUCGCCUCAAAGCUGGACACUCAACCACCCCUUCCCCUCAGAUUUCCUCCUUCCGUCCAUGAAUGAUUGCUUAGUGUUUUAUUUUUCUUUUUUCAAGUAUUUGCACCACCUGCAGAAAAAAGCAAACAAAGUGUAUCGAUAUCCUCAUUUGAUUUUGCUACAUAGGAAGUCGUUCUCAUUCCUCAGUGGGGUAAGCUCCUGUGUCGUUUAUCAAAUCAAAUCAGACUUUAUUGUCUGUCGACGAGACACAAGACAGAAAUUUUGUCGGAUCGAUGUUUGGUGUGCCCCCCCCCCCCCCGUCUCAGUUACCAUUGUUGACAGGGAGGGGUGAAAGAGUAAAGAGAUGGUCUAUUAAUUUUCAGUAAACCUCAUACCACUUAUCUGAUUAGUUUGUUCUGUCGGUAGCCCAGUUCCCUCCAACCCUAUCCACCACACAUUAUCUCCCAUGUUAUCAAACAUACACAUACACACUAGCUACAAAGAACAAUAAAUUUUGGACUGUCAUGUGACUAUUAUAUCUAUACAAUUCAUUUUUUUUUCACACCACACACAUCGGCAAGAUUAAAAUAAUAUGAUAAGAAAUGGUACACAUCGUUGCAAAAUCAGGCACAGAAUAUUCAUACUUGUCAUACUUGGAGAAGGCUAGUACCAAAUAAUUAGUAGCUGCCUCACUCUAAGAACAGUUCAUAUAAAAACACAGUGACAGAAAGACUUGUCACAGAUAUUUGCUGUAGUAGAAAUUCUUACUACAGAUGAACUAUGCUCUCUACCAAUUAAAAUUUUUUCCUCUUUUCCUGUAAAACUGAGGGCCAUUUGGAAACAUCUGUUGUUUUGUUCAAUUAAUAAUCUUACAUGAAGACAUUUAUUACUUGUGUACUGAAUAAUUAAAAAAUAGCCUGUUACUUUUUAAGUCAUGAAAAGUUUUGUUUGAUGAAGUGUGCACACACACACACAUAUAUGCAAACUUGUCAAAGAUUUUAUGAGGGAAAAAAAUUACAGGUCUCCAUAAAGCAUGAUUCUGUACCAAAUAAUGCAGUUCAGGUCUGGUGCUCUGUUAUUAGAGAAACAAUAAUUACAGUUGUGAUCAUGAUUUUAUAUUUGACUCCAAUCUCCACUCACUACUCUUCUACCUGUUGUAAUUCAAUUCAAAGGUCACGCACAAAACUCCUACUUUGCUUACCUUGAAACUCUAGACAUGUAUGCUUCAGUUAAUGAAAGUAAAAUGACAGUUUCUCUAAACAAAUAAUACCUUGUUUCCCGGACUGGUUAUGCCAUGAUAAAAAAUGUGUUAACUUUAUGAAUGCAAAUUGUUUUUUCCAAAUUAUUACAAAGACUCAUGACUGUCAGCAAUGGAGAAAUAGAUUCUUAUUUCUCGCAGCUGAAAUGCUGCCUCGUGUUUUUAUGCAUCUGGUUCCCUCAGCUGCCAGGCUGGGAUGCAGUUUCAAUCUUUCUCUCAGUCACUCGCCCAGCUACCCAAACUCCUCCCCCACACACACAGAUAUAUCAACACUCACUCUCACUGAUUCAAUAUCCUGGCUGAGUAGUCUGUUUUUAUCACCUAAGCUUUUUGCUUCAUAAGAAACUAAUAUUAAACCAUUCACUGGUAGAUUUUCAAAUUACCCUAAACAAUGUUACCAACCUUAACCAGAGAAUGUUAAAAAUUUAACUUGUCCAAAACUCCUCACUAUGUUGACUAUACAAAUAAAACAAACUGAGGGGGAAAAAACCUAACUAAAAGCAAUGUUAAAGUGUGCUGAUAAAAAAUGUUUGUCAGCUACUUGCAGGUCAAGAGCUGUGACAAAUAUAACUGUAAGGGCUAUCCAGAUGGAAUGUUAUACAGCAAAAUGUUACUUAAAAAGAGGCUCCAUUAUACGGACUAUAUGAUAACAUUACAACUUCUAUUUGGGCAAUACAUUCCAGAAACUCAGAGGCAAAAGUGAAACAAUUAAUACUACAUUAAAAUAUUAAAUAUUCACAAGUAUAUAAAUAUUCUGUUAGGUCAUACAAACUUUUUUUGGCAAUCAACAAGCAAGGAGAAAAGCAAUAAUACAUGCAAUAUUUUCAUGACAUUAGACAAAUGUUCCUGAAGAAUACAAAUGAAUAUAGCUAUCUAAGUUUUCAGAAAUAUUCUUACAAGAGCUGCUUUGUAAAGGGGUUGGAAGGUCUCAUAAUUUAA